CAUCUAUUCAGUGCUAUGCAAACUGUACCCAGUCAGCAAUAUCCGUACUCGGAUACGGAAUGCGAAAUAUCCACCGAUGAAGAAUGGACUGAUGAUUUCUUACAUCAAAAGGAAGAGAAGAACAAUUCAAACGUUAGUGCCACUUCAAACACCAUUGCUAAUAAUCAUACUAUCAAUUCUAAUAAAUAUGAAGUAUAUGCCAAUGAUUACAUAAAGUUUACUAAUGAAAACCCAACAACAUAUCAUGUUAUCAAUUAUUUUAAAUUGUUAUUAGAUAAGAGUGGGUACACUUUUAUUCCAGAACAGAAAUCUUUAAGUGCUUCCACCAUUGAAGCUAUAAACGGCGGUGGGUUGUUCUACACAGUCAGGUCUGAUCUCACCCUUGUAGCAUUUGUCAUUGGGGGAGCCUGGACUCCAGAACAAGGUCUUGGUGUAAUUGGAUCUCAUGUAGACUCACUUACUGCUAAGCUCAAACCAUUCACCAAGAAACCAAACGUUGACGGAUACCAACUUCUUGGGGUUGCUCCUUAUUCAGGGGCGCUCAACAAACUUUGGCUUGAUAGAGAUUUGGGAAUUGGUGGUAAGAUUUUAAUUAAAGAUAAAAAUGGAAGAAUAUCUUCCAAAGUGAUUAAAUCAGAAUAUCCAAUUGCUAAAAUUCCUUCCUUAGCUGAACAUUUCAUUAACUUUGAAGAUCAAAAUUAUAAUCAAGAGACUAGAAUGGUUCCAAUUGUUGGGUAUGAAGAAGAGGAGGAAGAGUCAAUUAAAUUGACUGAAGAUGAGAAAAGAAGUCCACUCCUUUUAAAGCAUAGUAUUCAUUUAUUGAGAUUUUUAUCAGAACUUUCCAAUACUCCAAUCAGUGACAUCAUACAAUUGGACUUGGAAUUGUAUGACGUUCAAAAGGCCAGCAGAGGGGGGAUUUCUAAAGAGUUUAUUUUUGCCCCUCGUGUUGAUGACAGAUUAUGUUCAUAUACUGCCAUCCAUAGUUUGAUCAAGUUUGGUCAAACUGUGAACUUGAGCACUUAUAAAGGGUGUAAUGUAGUUGACCUUACUGAUAAUGAAGAAAUUGGAUCUGCCACAAGAACAGGUGUAAAGGGACAAUUUUUAAAUGCUACGUUGGAUAGAAUCUUGUAUGCUAAAGGGUUUACCAAUGCAUCCAGAUUGGUAUUUGCCAACAGUUUAAUUGUUUCUGCAGAUGUUACACAUGCAUUGAAUCCUAAUUUUAAGUCCGCAUACUUGAAUGGACAUUUCCCCGUACCAAACAAGGGGUUGACCAUCAAAAAGGAUGCUAAUAACCAUGUGAUGUCCGACUCAGUUGGAAUUGAUGUAUUUCUGAGAAUUGCAUCUAAAAAUGGAUUGAAACUUCAACAAUUCCACAUUAGAAAUGGUGCACCAUCUGGAGGAACUAUUGGACCAAUGAUCUCAUGCGAUACUGGUGCUCGUGUGGUUGAUGUUGGUUUGGCACAACUUUCCAUGCAUAGCAUUAGAGCUAUGUUUGGAUAUAAAGAGGUUGGAAUUGGUAUUGAUACCUUUGGUGCUUUCUUUAAGGAUUGGAGAGAAAUAUAUAAAAGUUAUGAUAUUUAGAAGAAAAAAAAAAC